AUGAAGGUUACUCUGCUUUCAAAAGAGCUUAUUGUACCAUCUUGUCCAACUCCUCAUGACCUCAAAACCUACAAAUUCUCCUUCAUAGAUCAACAAAUUCCUCCGUAUUACAUCCCACUCAUUCUUUACUACUCAUAUGAUGAUCAAUCAUCCACCACAACACAAUCUCAAAUAACCAUCAAACUCAAAACCUCACUCUCCAAAACCUUGACUCACUUCUACCCUUUGGCUGGAAGGUUGACCAGCAGCAAUAACACCGUUGACUGCACCUAUCAAGGGGUGCAGUUCCUGGUAACCCGAGUCGAAUCCAACCUUUUCGACAUAACCAAAAGUCCGAGAAUCGACGAAAUGAAUAAACUUGUGAAGGUGGAAUCAUCAUAUGUUGAAGAUCAGUUAGCCAUCCAAGUCAACUUGUUUGACUGUGGUGGCAUAGCCGUUGGUGUAUCCAUGUCACAUAGAAUAGGGGAUGCUUGUAGUAUUUCAUCAUUUGUUAGCCACUGGUUUGCAUUGGCUAAAGGGUCCCAGACCCCAAUGCCGGGCCCGGUUCUUGACUCGGCGGUUUUGUUCCCUCCGGUGGACUCAUGUGCGUUCAGUCGGAACCCGAAGGAUCCGACAGUUCCUGUCCCGUUUGAGACUCUUGUGACAAAGAGGUUCGUGUUCAGUUCCUUAGCCAUAAGCAAACUGAAAAGCAAAGUGGUUAAGGAACUGAACACGCCCACGACCCUGGUGGACCCCACCAGGGUCGAGGUGGUAACCUCUUUGAUUUGGAAGUGUGGGACCAUGGCUUUAGGUGACUGUGAAGUCUCAGUGGCUUUCCAUUCUGUAAACUUGAGAAGGAAAAUGGGAUUGCAAGAUCAUCAAUUUGGGAAUCUUUUUCAAUUGGCUAAUGCGGUAGCUCACCGAACCGAAGAAAUGGCAAGUCGAGUGGUGAAGUUGAGGGAUUCGUUUUCGAAGAUUGAUGGCGAGUAUGCGAAGAGUCUAACCGGCGAAAAAGGGUUCGAGAUAGCUAGAGGUAAUUUCAAGGAAAUAAGAAAGUUUAUAAUUCAGGAGGGUGUAAGAGUGUUUAAGUUUGGUAGUUGGUGUGGAUUUGGAUUUAGUGAAAGUGAUUUUGGAUGGGGAAAGCCAGUUUAUGUUGGUAAUGCUAAUUUUAGUGAUGAGAACUCAAUAGUUCUUAUGGAUUCAAGAAAGGAUGAUGGGAUUGAAGCAUAUGUUGUGAUGAAUAAAGAUAAUAUGCACAAGUUUGAGGAGAAUGAUGAGCUUCAAGAAUUUGUGGGCUCUACAACAUGUUGA